AUCUCGGUCGUUUUCUGAUUCCAACUUCCAACCGCUAUAAAUACCCCACCCAACCCAUCUGCUCUUCUCAGUCUCUUUCUCGGUCUCUCUUCUAAGAAGAAGAAGAAGAAGAUCAUCAUCAAGAUGGCACGCCAUGCAGAAUCAUCAGACUCGAAGAAGAAGGAUUUCAGCACGGCUAUCCUUGAAAGGAAGAAAGCUCCGAAUCGUCUGGUCGUUGAUGAGGCGACAAACGACGACAAUUCCAUCAUCUCCCUCCAUCCCGACACCAUGGACAAGCUCCAGCUCUUCCGCGGCGAUACCAUCCUCAUUAAGGGAAAGAAAAGGAGGGAUACAAUCUGCGUUGCUCUUGCUGAUGAUAAAUGUGGUGAGCCUAAGAUUCUGAUGAAUAAGGUGGUUAGAUCGAAUCUUAGGGUUAGGCUUGGUGAUGUAGUUUCCGUACACCAGUGUCCAGAUGUAAAAUAUGGAAAGCGGGUGCAUGUACUGCCAGUGGAUGAUACGAUUGAAGGUGUCACUGGGAACCUGUUCGACGCGUACUUGAAACCUUAUUUCCUGGAGGCAUAUCGGCCUCUAAGGAAAGGAGAUCUUUUCCUUGUCAGAGGUGGGAUGAGGAGCAUAGAAUUUAAAGUUAUAGAGACCGACCCUGCAGAGUACUGUGUGGUUUCUCCAGAUACUGAGAUCUUCUGUGAGGGGGAGCCUGUCAGAAGGGAGGAUGAAGAUAGAUUGGAUGAGGUGGGUUAUGAUGAUGUUGGCGGGGUGAGGAAACAAAUGGCCCAGAUUCGAGAGCUAGUUGAGCUCCCACUGAGGCAUCCUCAGCUUUUCAAAUCAAUCGGUGUAAAACCUCCAAAGGGAAUUUUGCUGUAUGGGCCACCUGGUUCUGGGAAGACGUUGAUAGCCAGGGCCGUUGCUAAUGAAACUGGUGCCUUCUUCUUCUGUAUUAAUGGACCGGAGAUUAUGUCUAAACUGGCAGGGGAGAGCGAAAGCAAUCUCAGGAAGGCUUUUCAAGAAGCAGAGAAGAAUGCUCCAUCAAUUAUAUUCAUUGACGAGAUUGAUUCAAUAGCUCCGAAGCGGGAGAAGACAAAUGGAGAAGUUGAGAGACGGAUCGUUUCCCAACUUUUGACUUUGAUGGAUGGAUUAAAAUCACGUGCCCAUGUUAUCGUUAUCGGGGCUACGAACCGGCCAAACAGUAUAGACCCAGCUCUGAGAAGGUUUGGGAGAUUCGAUCGAGAAAUUGACAUUGGGGUUCCAGAUGAAGUUGGACGGCUUGAGGUCCUCCGCAUUCACACAAAGAACAUGAAGCUCUCAGAAGAUGUGGAUCUAGAACGAAUUGCAAAGGACACUCAUGGGUAUGUUGGUGCCGAUCUCGCAGCUUUGUGCACAGAGGCUGCCCUUCAAUGCAUCAGAGAGAAAAUGGAUGUCAUCGACUUGGAAGAUGAAUCCAUCGAUGCUGAGAUAUUAAACUCCAUGGCUGUUACGAAUGAGCACUUCAAGACUGCUCUUGGAACAAGCAAUCCAUCUGCUCUGCGUGAAACUGUUGUUGAAGUACCCAAUAUCAGGUGGGAAGACAUUGGAGGACUUGAAAGUGUCAAGAGGGAGCUUCAAGAGACCGUCCAAUAUCCAGUUGAGCAUCCAGAAAAGUUUGAGAAGUUUGGCAUGUCACCUUCGAAAGGAGUACUUUUCUAUGGCCCCCCUGGUUGUGGGAAGACCCUACUGGCCAAGGCGAUUGCCAAUGAAUGCCAAGCAAACUUCAUCAGUGUCAAGGGUCCUGAAUUGCUCACGAUGUGGUUUGGAGAGAGUGAAGCCAAUGUGCGAGAGAUCUUUGAUAAGGCCCGCCAAUCUGCACCCUGCGUCCUCUUUUUCGAUGAACUCGACUCAAUUGCAACUCAGAGAGGCAGCAGUGUUGGAGACGCCGGUGGUGCUGCUGAUCGAGUUCUGAACCAGCUCCUCACUGAAAUGGAUGGGAUGUCCGCAAAGAAGACAGUUUUCAUAAUCGGUGCCACGAACAGGCCUGAUAUAAUUGACCCUGCACUACUGAGGCCGGGCCGUCUUGAUCAACUGAUUUACAUUCCUCUACCGGAUGAGAGCUCUCGCCAUCAGAUAUUCAAAGCCUGUCUGAGAAAAUCUCCUGUCUCGAAAGAUGUUGACCUGAGAGCUCUAGCCAAGUACACUCAGGGUUUUAGUGGUGCUGAUAUUACAGAGAUCUGCCAACGUGCUUGCAAGUAUGCCAUACGCGAAAAUAUCGAGAAGGACAUAGAAAGGGAGAGGCGAAGGAAAGAAAAUCCUGAGGCCAUGGAAGAGGACAAUAGUGAAGAAGUGUCGGAGAUCAAGGCCUGCCACUUUGAGGAGUCCAUGAAGUAUGCACGCAGGAGCGUAAGCGAUGCUGACAUCCGCAAAUAUCAGGCGUUUGCUCAAACCCUGCAGCAGUCAAGGGGUUUAGGAAGUGAUUUUCGGUUCCUGGAGCAGUCGGGUGCAGGAGCCGGGGUGGCCGGGUUAGACCCAUUUGCAGCUUCAUUUGGAGCUGAUGAUAAUGAUGAUAAUGAUGAUUUAUACGGUUGAAUUAAAUUUCUGUAUAUGAUUUGAUAUAGAUGCAUGCCUUGUAUAUAUUGUGUGAAACUUUUACUUAAAUCUCUUAUUAUGGUUUAAAUUCAUACUUAGUAACAUAGAUAUGGUGUUGAUGGCUAUACCUUUUUGGGGCCAUUGUAUACACAAAACAGUAAUGCAUUGAUUAAUUUAUAUAAAUUUUAGUUGGUGUAAAUUAUAC